GCCAUGUGUCUGGCUACCUGCACAAGGGAAGGGAAGCCCUCUGCCCGCAUGCUGCUGCUGAAGGGCUUCAGCCAGGACGGCUUCCGCUUCUUCACCAACUUCGAGAGCCGGAAAGGAAAGGAGCUGACUUUGUCGUGUGUCCUUCCUGCCGGCCGGGAGCGGACAUCGACAUUUGGAGGCCCGCCCGGGGACUGAUCACCCCCGAGACGUGGAAGUGGACAACGCUCCAGUACAGAGCUGCGAGACAGGUGAGUUGGGGAUAAGCCUGGGCUCUGGGUGGCGCGCACCUACAGGGCUUUUAGACUCCCCUCAGGCUCACGCGUAAGUGGCGGAUUCCUUGGGCCUCACGCGGUGAGUAACAUAUUAAAAGAUGGGAAACAUGUUAGGUAGCAACAUUAAGAGCGAGGGUGGUUGUGGAGAAAGCUCUCAAGAGCUUACAAAAGUACGCAGGGUAUCUGAGCAGGCCCAGUCAGGGAGCUCCCGAGAGGGGUCCGUCAAGGGGAACAAGGAUGCUAAGGAGGAGGACGGGGCUCUAGCCUCGGAGUCGUCUGACUCCGAGGACGAGGGAAAGUUGAAUGGCAAGGAGGCCAAAGAGACCAGCUGUCAGGAGCCUAAGUCGCUCAAUAAGGGGUCGCAGGGUUCUUUUCCAGCGUUGCCCCGCGAAUUGCGCUCUGCUCAACCUGGUCUGCGGAGGAGUAGAGAGCUCCUGAGCGCUCCCCGGCGCGAGAGGGAGGCGAAGCCUUCCGCCCCACCUUGGGGGCCGUUUCCGGAGGCGAUUCCUCGCCACGAGGCGGCCGCCUGGGAGCUCUCUCCCCUUUCGCCAGAACAGGAAGUGAUGCACGGGCCCCCAUUUUCCGCCCAAUCACGGCCGCUGUCUUAUGCUCCGCCGCCGGCGGGUCGGUAUUUUUACAGGCGGCUUUGGCAGGGGGGACGCUUGUCUCAUGAGGUACAUCCACCUGGGAUAGAUAGUGGCCCCUACGGGAUAUUUCCUGUACAAGUAGCUAUGGGCCAGGGACGCAAUGUAUGGGAGCCUUUUGAGAUAAAGCAGAUUAGAGAACUUAAAAAUGCAGUUACAACCUUUGGGCCGACUGCGCCUUACAUCAUUGCCAUGCUGGAGAAUCUGUCUUCUGGGCCCCUCACCCCCGCGGACUGGAUUCAGCUGGCAAAGGCGUGUCUGCCCUCGGGCAGUUACCUGGAUUGGCGAGCCUGGUACGCAGAGUUCUCUGCAGAGCAGGCUGAGAGAAACGCCAAUCGGGGAAACCGGGGGUGGAACAAGGAAAUGCUUAUGGGAGAAGGUCGGCACGCUGAUGACCAGACCCAGUUCCCCGGCGCUGUCUAUGAACAAAUCAAUGCCAUAGGGCUCCGCGCCUGGAAACAGGUAAGUGGUGCCGGAACAGCCUCCUUGUGUCUUUCAAAAAUAAUUCAGGGUACCACAGAGCCAUUUGUUGACUUUGUGGCCCGAAUGCAAGAUGCUGCCGAUAAGAUAUUUUCUGAUCCGGGAGUGGCUCAACCGCUGGUAAGACAGCUGAUUUUUGAGCAAUGUACAAAGGAGUGCAAGGCAGCGAUAGCUCCUCAUAAGAACAAGGACCUCAACGCCUGGAUUAGGAUAUGCAGAGAGAUAGGGGGGCCGCUCUCCAACUCGGGAGUGGCUGCUCUCCUGGCCGCGGCUGUACAGCAGAGGGGACCUCGCGGGUUAGAAGGGGAAUGUAAGGCUAAAGGGUGUUUUGCCUGCGGGGAGCCAGGACACAUUAAACGUCAUUGCCCAAACAAUGCAGAUGCUAGGCCUCGCCCUAGGAAUGAAGAACCAUAUGUUUGUGGGCGAUGCAAAAAGGGAUCACACAAAGCUGAGGAGUGUAGGUCGGUCUUUGAUGCUCAGGGCAACCGUAUUUGUGGACAAGAUGCUAGAGAGCCAAAAAACGGCCAGAGGGGGCCCCCUUCACAGCCGGGCCCCCGCCCCAGAGACAGGACAGCUCAGGGUGGCAGCCUUCAACAAGGGCCACCCCUGGGUCAGCAGGUGUGGACCUCAGUGUCGCCUCCAGACUUAUACAGAAGGUCACCAUUAGGACGGAUGGCGUUAGGACCCUAAAUGACAUGCAAAAGCUAUUGGGAGACAUUAAUUGGAUUAGGCCAUAUUUACAUAUACCAAAUUCAGAUCUCAAACCCCUGUUCGACCUUCUGAAGGGAGACCCAGAUAUAGCCUCCCACAGGAGGCUCACUCCUGAGGCAAGAGCUGCCUUACAGAGAGUGGAAAAAGCCUUAGGUGGGGCUACCUUACACAGAAUUGAACCAGGGCGACCCUUUGAUGUCUGUUUGCUACAGACUAGUCUACAGCCUACAGCGGUGAUUUGGCAGAAAGGACCACUACUGUGGAUACACCCUAAGGUCUCACCUACAAAAGUCAUAGAGCAUUACCCGGAGGCAGUCGCUUCAUUGGCCCUUGAAGCGCAUGAUAGAGCUGUCCAACAUUUUGGCUCAGGACCACAAGCCAUCCGAGUACCCUAUACCGCCAGCCAGAUCAAGACCCUGGCUGCCUGCAUAGAUACCUGGGCCAUUCUGAGAUGUGUUUUCCAUGGGGAUAUAAACAAUCAAUACCCUAAAGACCCUAUCUUGUCAUUUGUCACUCAGCACCCUAUAAUUUUUCCAAAGGUUACUGCCUCUGAGCCAUUAGUCCUAGCAACUACAAUAUACACAGAUGGCUCCAAGACGGGGAUAGGCGCCUAUGUGAUCCUAGGCAAGCCCCCGGUUACCAUACAAUUUAAACCAGAUCAGCCUCAGGUGGUAGAACUGCAGAUCGUUAAAAUGAUUCUUGAACGGUUCUCAGAAGCCAUUAACAUUGUCUCCGAUUCUAGGUAUGUGGUCAAUGCUAUGCAAGUGCUUGAGACUGCCAGUUUAAUUAGAUCCACUUCCACAGUGGCUGGACUGUUCCUGUCUAUCCAGACAUUGCUUCAGAACAGACACCAUAAGGUCUUCACCACCCACAUAAGAGCACAUACAUCCCUGCCGGGGCCCAUGGCACAGGGGAAUGCGGCUGCUGACACUGCCACUCGCCCGUUAUGGAUUUUUACCUUACUAACACCAAUCGAGCGAGCCCGUGCCUUCCAUGAUAAGUUUCAUGUUAAUGCCAGGACACUAGCAAACCAUUUCCAUGUUUCUAGAGCAGAUGCACGAGAUAUCGUGCGACUAUGUGACUCCUGUGCCACAUACAAACCUGCCAUACCGAUGGGAGUAAACCCUCGAGGUUUGAUCCCUGGUGAUGUUUGGCAGAUGGACAUCACACAUAUACAGGAGUUUGGGACUCUUAAAUAUGUUCAUGUUUCCACAGACACCUGUUCUCACGUCAUAUUCGCAACAGCAGAAACAGGUGAAAAAGUGUCUAAUGUGAUCAAUCAUUGCCUGGCAGCUUGGGCCGCAUGGGGCAAACCAAAAAUAUUAAAAACUGAUAAUGGACCAGCCUAUAUAGGCAAAGCCUUCAAUGAGUUCUGCAAAAUGAUGGAGGUUCAAUUAAAACAUGGUAUCCCAUACAAUCCCCAAGGUCAAGGAAUCAUUGAGAGGGCUCAUAGAAGCCUCAAAGAAAUUUUACAAAAACAAAAAGGGGGAGUAGGCCAAGGCCUGGCCCCAAAGGCACGAUUAUCCAUGGCACUAUUCACACACAAUUUUUUAAAUUUAAAUAAUGAUAAUCGCUCCCCAGCUGUGGAGCACUGCAACCCUUCCCCCAACCAUAAAGGGUGGGUGAAGUGGAAAGAUGUCCUGACAGGACAAUGGAUGGGCCCGGAUCCAGUGGUCAGCUGGAACCGAGGCGCGGUUUGUGUUUUCCCACAGGAACCGGGACGAGAACCACUGUGGAUACCGGAGAGACUGACACGGGCAACAAAGCCCUCGACUGAAGAUCAGACCUGCCCUACUGGAGAUCCAUCACAGACCAACCAAUAAGAUGAAUAGAAAUAGCGGUAGCCCGAAAUGGACAAGAAGAUCCUCAGGCAUAUGCAUGGCUUGCUCAAUUGGCCCACGACCGAGUCUAGAUAUGGCGGGCAUCCCUCAUUCUCCUCCAUAAGGUGACAAUACACAGCAGGGUAGGUGAGUCAAUGACGGGUAAGAGCGUGCCUCCCCAGCACGACUCGACCUAAGCCAGGCCCUACCCCAUCCUGCACGUAAGCCGCUGGACUGUUAGAUGCUGCCCAGGUCUAAAUUUCUCUCCGAGGGGAUUUCUUUACGGAGAGGAAAUGAGUGCAAGCUUGUGUGCAUCCAGGUUCCGUCCAGUUUGUGCCUGGCCCUAGAAAAAGGACGAGGGCCUCAGGGCCUUGGCAGACCAUGGCAUGGCCAACCAGGGUCUAAGCCAAGGACCUACGGUGGGCCUACACAUAGGGCAUAAGCCUCUGCACCCAGUCCAGGAAGGGCUACGAUGCGCACAUUCAUAAAAAAUAAAAUAGGGGGAGAUGUUGGGAGCCGCGUCUGUGAUAGCUCGCCUUGCGCGGCGGACGUGCGGCCUGUGGUAAAGAGCAAAGCCUGAGGUAGAUUACCCCUCCCAUCGAAUAUGUUAGUUUCCUGCUUACCGCGUAAACAACCCGCUCAACAAUAUAGUCUGCCUGGCAACUGAUGAUGUUAGCCAAUCAGCUUGCCUUGCUUACUUUAACAUGAUUGGACACUGUACCCGUAUAUAUACCGGUGCCACCCCUGGGCGGAAGGAGAAGCCAGGUAGAAGCCCAGAAGUAAAAGCCCAAAAGGAGCCGCGGAGAGCGGACCGGUAGAGGCUUUGGGGCAGACUGAAGCACAAAAGGAGCCGCGGGGAGCGGACCAGAGGAGGCUUCAGCUGGGAGAACCCAGGGCAGGCUGUACGGAGAAGGAAAAUAAAAAGAAAAGGUUGUCCACUA